AUGCCACCUCCCAGAGUGCAAUCAGUCGAAUACCACGACCUCGCUAGUCGCUCGUCUAUCGAUUCAUUUGCAUCAGUCUCCGACUGGGAGCAAGCUGGGCUGGUUCUUCCCAGCAAUCGAUCGCACCGUUCCUUCUGGCGCAAGUUGUGGCGAUCCACACCUACUCCUUGGCAACCCCAGCGUGCGAGACCACGUCGCUUUGCUUCACCUCGCUGGUCUUCCAUCCGACAACUAUUCCGAAUAGCACUAAGCUUUCUAAUCGUUUUGAUCAGCUGCACCGCUCUCUUCUUUCCCUCUUACACGCGCCUACCGCCCCAUUACCAACAAGUGGUCGAGCGAGCCACGCAGUCCGACCAGCAUGGCCGCGGCAACCCGCGCAACGAGCGCAUCUUCAUCGCAGCCAUUCUCUACGACCCCGAGGGCACAAUCGCAGGCGGCAGAUGGGGCGAGUCCCUGCUACAGCUGAUCGACCUACUCGGCGAAGACAACGUCUUCCUCAGCAUCUACGAAAACGACAGCAGCGGGCAAGGCGAACAAGCGCUCCGUCACCUGGAGGACCGCGUCGCAUGCAACAAUUCCAUCCAGUCCGACCUCCAUCUCGACCUGAGCACCUUUCCCCGGGUCACCGUCCCAGGGGGUGCCCAACGCGUCAAGCGCACCGACUACCUGGCCGAGCUGCGCAACCGCGCCCUGCGACCGCUGGAUGACCCCGCAGCCCAGCCCUACGAUCGCAUCCUAUACCUCAACGACGUCAUCUUCGACCCCAUCGACGCAGUGCAACUCCUCUUCUCCACAAAUGCUGCCAAUGCAUCCGACGGCGUAGCCCGGUACCGCGCCGCGUGCGCCGUCGAUUUCAUCAACCCGUUCAAGUUCUACGACACCUACGCCACGCGCGAUUCGGAAGGCUACGGGAUCGGCCUGCAGUUCUACCCGUGCUGCUGGGGUGGCAUGGUCGCCUUCAACGCGACGUACUUCCAGCGCCCAGACCGUCCAGUGCGGUUUCGCGCGGACAGCGACUUGUUCUACGACGGGUCCGAGUGCUGCAUCAUUCACGCGGAUUUGCAGGAUCCCCCAGCAGCAGCAAGGGUGGAUGAUCUGACUGACUCCGGGGUGUAUAUGAACCCCUAUGUGCGGACGGCGUACACUGAGCGGAGCUUCCGGUGGCUGCGCACGACGCGACGCUUCGAGCGGCUGUACUCGCCGGUGCACGGGGUCAUGAGUCGGUUGGCCGGGUUUCCGAGGUUCAAUCCGCGGAGGACGGAGAUCGAUGGGGAGGUCGUGGCUGAGAGGAUGUGGGUGCCGGAUGCGAGGCAUUCCAAGGGGGGAUC